GAAAAAAAAAUACAUUUGAGUAAUAAAUGGAAGUAACAAUAUAAAUAAAUAAACAAACAAAAUAAGAAAAUUGUAGGUUACAGGUUUCGACCUCUAAUUCUAUAUACCCAAGAAUUAAAUGAAUAAUUAUGCUACUAACUCCACCAAAUUAUCUUCAAUAUAUUUUAGUGCAGCUUAAUAAUAUUAUACAAGUACGAUCAUGGGGCGGGCCAUGGCCUGACUGACCACUCCCCGAAUCCGUCUUUGUAUCCGAAUAUAAAAAAGGGGUCAAACCGUCAAACUUUCAAGCAAAUAAUUGCAAGGUCAAACCAUUAAUGCCUUGUCAAGCAAGUACUUUUUAAAAAAAAAAUUAAAAAAAAAGAAAAAAAACCUUGAAAAAGUGACUUUUUCAAGUUCAAAAAUACAAGUAUUGUACUCCCCCGAUCAACACAGAACAUCCUCCCCAAAUUCACACUACAAAAACCAAGACGAAUCGGGGAAAAAGAUGAGCAAAGCUAGUAGCACCGUAGCAACAACCGAUAAUGAGGCGGCGAAACCAAAAGUGGCGGUGGUUGUAUUCUUAUUAAAUGGAAAGAAGGUGCUGCUGGGACGCCGUCGCUCUGCCGUUGGCAACUCCACCUUUGCUCUUCCCGGCGGUAAUCUUGAGUUUGGGGAAAACUUUGAGGAAUGUGCAGCGAGAGAAGUGAAGGAAGAAACAGGGUUAGAAAUAGGAGCAACAGAGUUGCUAACUGUGACCAACAACCUCUUUGUUGAAGGGCCAAAACCUUUACAUUACGUGACCAUCUUCUUGCGUUCGUCCCUAACAAAUACAGAUCAAGUUCCUCAAAAUGUAGAGCCCGAGAAAUGUGAUGGUUGGGAUUGGUAUGAUUGGGAUAAUCUUCCUCAACCACUCUUUUGGCCUCUUGAGAAAAUGGUCAAUAGCGGGUUCAACCCCUUCCCUGCCUAGUGUAGCGAUGAUCUUAUUAUGUACUUUGUAAGAGCUAGCGAUUUGAAUUGGACUCACGAGUGGUGUUUGUGUUUAACAUGGUAUCAACCAUUUUCAUCGUGCUAGAAAUAUAUCGAAUAUUGAUGCAAGUAUGGUACGAUUUAAAUUGAAAUAAUACUCUUUUUGGCAUGUUUGGAUUACAAUGUACUCCAUAUGCACAUAUCGUGAUA